AACAUGGAAGCAGAACUUCGUUGUAACAUUGUUCAAUGUCGCAAGGUACUCAGCACGGAAGGACGUGCGUGUGUGACCACUUGUUCACAUAUAUUUUGUGUUGAUUGCGCGAAUAAAGCUUUCUCUUCAGCCUUAGUUUGUCCAGCUUGUGAUACUAGUCUAACUGAAAACGAUGAUAUUGUAUUUGCGGACUUGAAUCCGAGCGAAGAUUAUAAAUCUUCGGUUCUUUCAGGUCUUCGUCCUGACUUCAUCAUGGAAAUUUGUACACGGGCACUUUCGUUUUGGACAUAUCAAACCACUCAAGAAGCGUGUUUUCAAGAAAUGUUAUAUAAGAAUCUAGAAGACAACCAACGAUUAUUAUUUAUCACUAUUCACCACUUAUUAACCGGUAUAUCUUCUUCUUCAGCAUUACGUGAAAAGGUUUCAGCAUUACAGAAAGAAAUAGAACUCGAAAAGCGUAAAAGUCACGACCUUUCUGAGCAAUUACAAGAGAAAGGACGACAAUUUUCAAAGUUGCAGGUGAUGUAUGAUAAGCUCAAACGUCGAACUCUGGUUCCAGCAAUGCAACAAACAGUUCAGAAUGUUGCUGGUAAUAAUUCAAUUUCUGGAAUUAGUGGGACAUCGAUAAAUAACUUGGGUGGAAACGGAAACAUGGGAUCAAGACAGGUUCCGAUUGGAAUCCAAUCCAAUACUCAGAGACGGCAAUUUGGAGAAAACCUUGGGAAUCUUAACCAUCCAACAUGGCCGGGCGGUGGAAAAGAAAAUCCCCAUGACCCAUUUUAUGGGCCUCCACUACCACCCCAACAUCAUUAUCAUCCUAAUGUUAAACGAACUCCGCAGCAAACUCUUCCUUCACAAGGUUAUCGAAAUUAUCGCGAAGUCACGCCAAAUGGGCAACCUCGAAAUCCAUAUUCUAUGGGACAAAAUUCAGGAAUAAUAAUGAUGCCACCAAGUACUGGAAUGAGAGGAUAA